AUGGCCGAACUCUCCACGAAAUCGGCUAAUUACACCCCAAAUGACUAUAUCGAAAGCUUGUCUGCCGAACAGAUCGAACACGACCAGAGAAUCGGAAUCAAGGCCAUCCGCUUGUUCUUGCAAAGCAAAACAUCGUACGAUGUCUUGCCAGUAUCAUACCGCUUGAUCGUGUUGGACACGUCGUUGUUGGUUAAGAAGUCGUUGAACAUCUUGCUACAAAACAAUAUUGUCAGUGCUCCCUUGUGGAGUAACAAAACGUCUCGUUUUGCUGGUUUGUUGACCUCAAGUGAUUUUAUCAACGUUAUUCAGUACUACUUCCAGUUUCCUGAAAAGUUUGAGCUCGUCGACCAGUUGACCCUUGAUGGGUUGAGGGACAUUGAAAAGGAUAUCGGGGUAGCACCCAUCGAAACAGUGUACAUUCACCCAUUUAAAUCCUUGUACGAGGCUUGUGUGAAAAUGUUGGAGUCGAAGGCCAGGAGAAUCCCCUUGAUUGACGAGGACGAGAAGACCCACCGUGAAAUUGUUGUAUCCGUUUUGACGCAAUAUAGAAUCUUAAAGUUUGUGGCGUUGAACUGCAAGGAGACGAAGAUGUUGUUGAAGCCUAUUCGUGAUAUUUCCGGAUUGAAUCGGCCAAAGGAUAUCAGUACUUGUACCAUGAGCACGCCGGUGAUUGAGGUGAUUCACCUCUUAUCGCACAAGUCCGUUUCUUCCAUUCCUAUUGUGGACGAACAAGGCAAAUUAGUCAACGUCUACGAAGCCGUUGAUGUGUUGGCGUUGGUGAAGGCAGGUAUGUACACUGAUUUGGACUUGAGCGUUGGAGAGGCGUUACUUAGGAGACCUGAAGACUUCGAAGGUGUUCACACAUGCACGCAGAACGACAGACUCAGCACGAUUAUGGACACAAUCAGAAAGUCGAGACUUCAUAGGUUGUUCGUGGUGGACGAUGAGGGAAAGUUGGUGAGUGUGAUAACGUUGAGCGAUAUCUUGAACUACUUACUUUUUGGAGAGGACUAG